UUUUGCAUCAUCCGAGGCCGAGUUCACUUUCACGGGUGACGUGUAGGAGAUUUUAUUUGAACCUACGUAGAGUCAUCGUCCAAAAGUUCAUAAUUUACACGAAAUAUUUAGUCUGUUUUUAUGAUACGCUGAGCUCCAUUCAUGUGAAGGAACGUGUAAGAUCUUCGAGCAUCCAUUUAUAGUAUACUAGUUUUGCAGAAUACGAAGAAUUCCACAAACAAUGGCGUUAAUGACGAUGAUAGCUCGAGUUGUAGAUGGUCUUCCACUAGUGGGAACUAUGCAAGAGGAUGAGCAAUCCGGAAGGAGUGUGCUUGAAUAUCAGAAUCAGGCAAAAAUGCUUUUCCGAAAGCUAGGACCGAAUUCUCCGACACGCUGCAGCAUAGAAACAGGGCCUUAUCUCUUUCACUAUCUAAUUGAGAACGAUGUUUGCUAUCUGGUACUCUGCGAUAAGAUGUUUUCCAAACGUAUCGCAUUCAGUUAUCUGGAAGACAUUGCUCAGGAGUUUCACAACAAUUACGGAAGAAAAGUUAAUUCCGUAACACGACCGUACGCUUUCAUAGAGUUUGACAUUUACAUACAGAAGGCCAGAAAGUCGUUGACAGACAGGCGACGAAACAUCAACACGAUAAACACGCAGUUGCAGGAUGUGCAGCGAAUAAUGGUCCAAAAUAUCGAUGAUGUUUUGCAACGUGGGACGGUUUUGUCAGAGCUGGAUACUAAGACGCAAAAUUUAUCUAUGCUUUCGCAGAAGUAUAAGAAAGAUGCCACAUAUUUAAAUCGUAAAUCACUGUACGUUAAAGGAGCAGUGGCGGGUAUUAUUAUAAUUGUUUUCAUUUUAUAUUUUUGGGUUAUUUAAUCGUUUCAAUUUCGAUUCGUUGUGUGUAGACAAUAUACAAAAAUAAUCGUUUAUUAGUUUUAUAAAAAAACAAGCACUGGUGUACUGUUAUCUAUAUUGUGAGUUUUAAUAACGUUGAAGUGAACGUAAGCCAAAUUUUUCGUUUUUGAACAAGUGUUUCAAAGUUAUGAGUUAGCUAAUGCAAGCAUCCGUUUCUCAACAGCCAUGUACGAAACAAUGUCUUGGUUUUCAAUAUAUUAGUUAUCGGCACUGCAAUUCUUAACUGGCUUGGUUGAAUUUCUAGUACAUUUGAUUGACGGUACGAAAUCAAGUAACAAUAAUUUUUCCUCCAUAAUAGUCUUAAUAAAAUGCAUAUGGUUUUAGGUAUUCCUUUAUUUGAAUAAAGUAUUAAAGACUUGUAACUUAACAUGUUUUGUGAAAACAA